CUAAGGUAUCUACAUGCUCUAGAGAUGUAGAGAUGCAGAUCUUUCUACAUCCUAAAUGACCGAGUGCAAAUUUAGGUUAAAAAGUUGAUCUUCAAAUGAGGUUGGUUGUUUUAUCCCUUCGAUGUCAACGAGAGGGCUAUACGUAUUGGUUAAAGUACUGUCUGUACAUAGAAACUAUGCUUUUCCUUGUUGUGUCAGCUGUUCUACAAGAGUAAGGACUGAAAACGACGAAAAUAUAUUUUUAUGCAGUAAAUGUCAGCAGAAAUAUGACAAGAAACAUAUCACCUAUCGGUACAGGGUCAACAUGACUGUCUCAGAUAGGACUCAGGUUUCAAAUGUUACAGUCUUCGGUCACUGUCUUGAAAAUUUCUUUGGAACAAGUGCAACACAUCUUAAAAGGUUUGUUGAGGGUUUGUAUUUGGAGAAAGAGGAGCUUCCAUUACCAGUGGAUCAGCUUGUUCACCAAUGCAUAGAACAAUGUUUUGUUGGCUCCAUGAUCAGACUAUGUUUUCGUGGACUACACCCUUGCCUGACAGACUCCCAAGCAUCAAGAUCAUCACCUACUCACUUGAAAAACAUUUCARUAAAAAUGCAAGAGGUCAAAAUGAACUAUUUGUCCAGACAGCAACAAAAUACUUCACAUUUGCUUGCAAGUUAUAUGUCAAGACCUGGAGACACUGAAAAGAAUGCAACAGUUUUUGAGCUCUUAAAAGAAUACUUGGUGUUUUUUAGGUGCUCUAAAAGUAUGACUCCCUCUUGUGGUUCAACCAAUGGACCAUAUCCAAUGAGUUCCUCAGGUCCUCACCAUAACACAUCAUUGCAGAGUAAUUCAACACUUCACUAUAAGGGUUUUAGAAGAAAAAGCUCUGAAGACUUUAAUCUCAUGGUUUCACCUUUAGUGCUUUCUUGUGAAACGAGGGAAUCAAGUCAGUUGCCCACAUCAAGUUUAUUAAAUUUGAAUAGUGAAGUUGAUUUACCAAUUCAAAUAGAUCCAGAGCUGAAAAGCCAAGCAAGAAUGAAAAACACUGCUUUUUUAGAUAGCAGUCCAAACAGAACUGCUCUGAUGCUGGUAAGCCUGCUGAAUAUGGAUGCAAGCGAAGAGUGCAUUGGUGAGUCGAGUAUUGAUACUACCAAUAACACAGAAAAUAUUCAUGACAGGUCUAGGUCAUUGUGUAACACUUCUGAAGACCUCAAAUGCUCAAAUGAACCAUCAUAUCUGRCAGAAAACAUUUUUCACACCAAACAUGAUAACGAGAGAAUGCAUAAUGAAGAACUGGCAUAUUUAAAUAGUCAAAGUAUAAUUGGAAAACAAGAAUAUAUUCAUAAUGAUAUCGAAAAUGAAAAGCAGGAGCUACAGUCUGAUAUGGAUUUCUUUCUCGAUGAAGAUCUUAGUAGCUUCUUUGUUAACUUGAGCCUAGGCUUUGAUCCGAAAAGAAACAAAAGCAAGCACGAAAACAGUCAGUAUGCUAAAGGGGAAAAGCCUSCAAUCGAAUAUCAACCUUGCGAUCGUCUAGAUGAUUCUCAUGAAUUUCAAGGUCAUUUAUCAUCUAGUCGUAACUCUUUGCAAUAUGAUUCUGACCAAAUCAGCGUUUUGUUCCCAGAGGAAKUGUUAACGGAUCUAGAAUUCUCAAAAUUCUCUCUCCUUUGUGAUUAUGCUACCUUACGAGAGCCACGCCCUUCAGUAAGCAAAACUUCUCCCGUGACGUCAUUAAAGGAACACACGAGAACUGCCAAUGACAAUGAAUCCGUCUUUUGUUAUUCCAGUACUGAAAAAUCUCCRUCUCAAAACAAGUUUUCUGGUACACCCACACAGCUGUCGUUUCAGUCUUCCCGGCUUGAACAAACUAGCACCCCGGUGUUGUUUGAUGACUCACGUGACCUGAGCGAAAGCAAAUUUAAGUUGUAUCGCUCCUUAUCAUUGCCGGAAGCCCUCCAACUUGCCGACGUGAAGGAAAGAGGCAUAAAUUUGAAUAUUCAUUCUACUCCUAUGAAUAGUGAAUGUGAAAGGAAAUUUGAUGACUUAUCGGGAGAUCUCCAAAAWUAUUCUGGUCUAUUUCUCAAUGAUAGAGAAAGACGAUUUUCUAUAGGACCAACYGUUUCAUUAAAUGGAACUGACGAAGAUGCCAUAAAAGGUAACGAGGACUGUCCAACAAAAAGAAAAAGUUUGGAAAAUAUAAAACAUGUGUUUUCCAGCGCGUGUAGCCGAAUGGAAGAGGCUCCACAAAGAGAAGAAGGCAGAGAGCAAAAUUUCGUAGAAAGUUUUUCUGUUCGAAGUGAGAGGACUCCUGGAGAGUCCGGACUAGAGACGUGGCGUACAAGCGACCAGAUCUGUCCAGAAUCGCCUCUCCUAUUCUCAUUUUCUAGUACUGAAAGUAAUUCUUAUAAGUUGACGCCUGAUAUUCAACAAGACAGUCUGCUUUGYGCAUCACUUUUAGAGUGUUCGUAUUUGAAGUAGAUUUAACUCUGAUGAAUUUUUUUUCGUCUCAUGAUUUUCUUUAUACUUAUUCUGGCAAAGCUAUUAAGUUGCAUGGGAUAGAAAAGUUAGAAGAAUAGCAGCACAUACAUACUUUCCUUGAACUGUGAUUAUAUUCCGUACUUUUUUACCACUUCUGAUUACAUAUUAUUUCUUUGCUCAGUUAUCGUCAUUACAGGAAAUACGUUUAUGUGAACUCCCAUUCCCGUGAGAUUACAAAUUGGAAACUUAAAAUCAAAGAAUCUAGUGUUCACACAUGCAUCCAUUUUUUCAUGUGUUGUACAGCAUAGCUCAAUACAYCAGUAGUAAAAAUGCUUGCAAUUUUCAA